AUGAAUUAUUUAAAAUUAGCUACGCAGCUUAGUAAGUCUCUUGCGACACUCUUCCAGUUUACAAUGGUCGUGGAAAGGAAUUUCAACGAAAUUUAAUCGUGGAAUGCUCUUGAGCUUUUGGAAAUUUUUGUACUGGACGACCUUAUGUUGAAGCCAAGGUAAGGCGAUGCGGUUUGCUUGCAAAUUUCUACUCUUAGCGUGGGGCGAAGAGAUUCUGGCUCGUGUGUACGUGCUUCUUCGGUCAUUACCUUCCAAUUUAAAAUCUGUUUGCUCAUUAGAGUCGUUCUUCUAUGGGGCCAGCCUAAUAUUGUUUAAAUACUACGAACCUUUUACAGUUUCGAAGUGUCUUUUUAACAACGUGUAGCUACGUGUGAAGAAUGAGAGAUAAGGGGAAAUUUGUCUCACACCGUGUUUUCCCCGCAAAAUGUGAAAAUGAACAGUGAGAUAUGUCACAAAUGGUCGCUAUUUUACUUCAAUUGGAUUUCAAAAGAUACUUGAUUCUGUAUUAAGGAAAAACUAGCAAUUAGGAUCUGUUAAAAGGACGAUAAAGCUUAAGAUAUCGCUCCGGACGCUAUAACUUCGUGAGCCCAUAAUCCGCUUCCAACCAAAGAGCAUUACACUUAACCGUGAUUGUAUUCUGAUGUAUUGUAACGUGAGCGUCAGACGUUUUACUUUCUUUGAUUUCUUUUGUUUCAUCUCACGAUAAUAUGAACAUGUAGUCUAGAGGUGAACAAACUAUUUUCUGAGUGUAGAGUGACUGUAACGUGUUGCCAAGUAGCUCUGAAUGUGUUCUUUCCGAAAAUUAUUUUUCUGCAUAUGAUUGAAUAACACGCUUCGCUCACAGAAUUCCACUCACGUUGUCAAGGAUUUUCAACCUCAUGCCAAUGGAAUGCUUCUGGUAAUUUUACCGAUGAUAUUAUGGGCGUUUUGAAACAUUCCUCUAAUAGGCAAUUUGAUUUUAAGUAGCGAUUAAAGGUGGUUCGUGACACGAUGUGAAAUUCGAGAACUGAAAAUGUCAACAAUUUUUGUGAUGGAGCGAUCAACUCUUGUCAACUUAGUCGAGUUUAUCAGGUCACCGGUUUUAGCUAGAUUUCGCCCUCCUAUCAGUCAAUCUACGAUUUCUUACUGAAGGAAGCACCUCAGGUAUUUACUUCUUUGCUUGGAGACGCAAGGUUUGAUGUUGAUUCUCACGAAAGUUUUAACUAAUAAAAAACAUAUUCCGUUAGGGGUAACCCAUUCUUUGUCUUGACGGCAAAAUGGCUUGUUUACGAAAAAAUUUUAAACUGCGAUUUCCUUAAUCGCAAAGGGGUAUUUGAGUAACUUAAGAAAGGUUACAUCUGUCAUAUUUUAGGCUGACAUUCUUUUACAUUAGCUCAAAAAGUCUCGCGGCACAACUUUGAAGAACUAAUUAUUUUCACUAUUUUUUCAUAACCACACGUGAUAAAGGGUGCGUGUGAAUUUACUACCCGUUAAGUUCAUUGACUUUACAAACCUUAGCAAAAUUUGUCGAGUUUUCCGUUUUCAACCUUGGAAGAAAGAUCUAAACUUUGGGAAAAUUUUUGUAUAUGUAUUAUCAUUCACAGCAUUUGUAGAUAGUUUGAUAAAAUAAAUUUUAUUAGUCAAAUCUUACAGCUGGCUCUCUUGAGAUUUUUAAAUUACUUCAGAACAAAAGUGCAGUGUUUAUUUCAUUCUUUUCAAUAGAAUGCAAUGAGGCAAGUGGCCAAUACAAUUCAGUUCAAUCAAGCUAUUGUCUUAAGACAUGUGGACGAGUGUGAUUCACUGUUUACAAGCGGUGCUUGACUAAAAAAAAUAGGAAUCUUAGAUUGAUUUUGAGAAAAACAACCUGACAUCUUGUUGGCAUUUAGCUGGUCACUCUUCUAAUCUGAAAGACCAAUUCACAGAUGCUAUAUGUCUGAUUAAUAUAUACUUAAAGGCACAUUUGACAAGAAUUAAGAAGACAAUUGCAAGAAGACAAUGUCUUGAUUUCUUUACUUGAUAUCUCUUGAAAUGUAAAGCAUGCAUUAGCACUUACUUUUUAAGGAGUUUUACCUUAAUGCAAGACAAAACUGAAGGAGAAAACCUAUACAAUUAAACAUUCUGCAGAGCUACAAAACUGAAUUUAAAAUUUUUGGCUAAUCCUUAGUUAGCUUAAUCCUGCUUUGAAUAUGGUGUCCUAGAGUUUUAUAAGGUGGUUCUAUGAUAAAGCACCAAAUUUAACACCAUGUUAUGACCUAAGAGGACUAUUUCUACUGUACUAUUUCGUGGUGGAAGUAAUGUUUUUUAAAUCUCAAUCAGUCAAGGAUAUUUUAAUGUAAAUUGAAUGAUGACUGAAAAGAACAAAAUGAUUUCCAUAAUUAUGUACAUUAGAAAUCUUAACUGGUAUGUGCCCUUUACCCUUUAAUUCCCAAGAUCUAAUUAGCAAUUCUCCCCUCUAGCUGUUACACUUUCCAUGUAAAUUAGUUACAAGAAUUUGGUGUUAGAUCAAGAUUACAACUACUGCCUUAUCUUUUUGAGUAUUCUUAUUUGCUGUUUGUUGUAUAAUGUAUGGAAAUUAUAGGGAGAAGUUAGAUGUUAAUCACUUGUUAAUGGGCUAAAGACAUUCUAACUUCCUGUAGCCAUAAUUACAGUUUCUUGGCUAUCAUGUUCUUCAAAUGGAUGACAUCUUGAUAUAAACUAAAUAACAGUUGUAUGGAAUAUUGUCUGAGACUAGUUCUUUUCAUUUGAUGAAGACCAUUUUGCAAUUGGCCUUAAAAUCUGGAAUUUCAGAAGAAGUAAGGGGAACUUUGUGCUGUAUUAAAACAAAGUGUUGAAGAAAGCAUGAUCAGUCUCAUAUUCGGUACCUAUGUCUAUAUCGUUGAGACACACAAGGUACGGCUUACUUCCCAAAUGAGAUAAUUUUAUGCUGAUUAUUUUGUCUUGUUUGUCGAUGUACACAUGAUGUAAUACCAGAGAUGCACCUGGAGGAGAAAAAAAUAACAAAUUCUAGGUUUCAAUGAAGUCACCUGUAUGUUUUUCUUCAGAAUUCAGCAUUCAAAUAGCCAUAAUUUUUUAUUCAUGCAUCUAAGAUCACUCAAUAUGUACAGUAGAAAAUAUUAUGCAGUUAUUUAGUUUUUGACAAUGUAUGUCAACAACUUUCUCUCCUCUCUUUCCUUAGGAAAAGGACAAGAAUAUUUCUCUUCAAUUAUGAAGGUGUGUAUUUCUUAAUAUUUAUUUCUAAACAUCCUAAGGUGCAUGCAAAAACAUUAGUUUAAUCGACACACCUUGUAGAUGAACUGAUUCUGUAUUUUAUUUUUUUGUUACAUUGGUUAUGUAUAGACACCUAAAGUGACAAGUUGACAUGUAAUUUUUUUUUCUUUUCUUAUCCAGAAAUCUGGUAGCCAAAAAUUACGAAGAAUGAUACGAGGUGUGUUUUCCAUGCAUUUUGUUAAAAAUCAUUUAUAAUCAUUCUUUAUGGCUUGGUUAAAACCUAUUUAAUCAUUUCAUUGGUCAAAGUGAAUCAUAUUAUCAUUUGCUUGGUUUUUGAGGUGCAUUAUUUCACUUAAUGAUUCAGUAGACUUACAUCCAUGUGUUCAUAAUACUUGUCUUUUGAAUGUUUCAAACUUGUUUUACUGUGAAGUGGUUGGCUUGCCUGGAUUGAAAGCUUUUCAGUGUACAACUUAUCAGAAAUAGUAUUCUUUUCAUUGUUUUCUUCUAUAUUAUUUCAUGACUGAUACUUUGUCUUCCUCUUGCUAGUGUUGAACAAAAAUUAUAGAAGUGAUCAAAUUAACUUUUCAGGUCCUUGUAUAACACAACAAAUAGGAAACAGAAGAAGCAAACCAAAAAAAUUAUAUACUUCUUCAGUUUACAUUUGAAUGGAUCUUUCCUACUUCCCAUCGCCCAGAUAUGAUCAGUAAUUCUAAUAAAAUUCAGACCUGGACAAAUCCUAUUUAUUUUACCGAGUCACAGCAGUGUAGAAAAAGCAUGUGUAGGCAGAUGAUUCAAACAAAACCUUAAAGAUGGUUAUUAGGUUGAACUGCAUUUUUUUUUGUUUUUGUUUUUGAAGUGUUGCACUUCUUUCAGUUUUUCAACUUUUUGAUUUCUUGAAGUGAUCAGAACUAAAUUUCUCCACUUAUUACAGUAAGCAUAAAAUGGCAAGUAAAGGUUAAAAGAUAUGAAUGUAUUAAGGAACUGAUACCCAAAUGGCUUGUUGUUUAACAAACACACACCAUUACUGCUGUAAGAAAAUGUAGACAGUUGAGGAGAAUUGCUAUGUCAAUGAUAAGGCCAAUUGGUGUGGAUAAAUUUUAAUAGUCACAUGAAUUUGCCAGUCAAGGUUCAAAUCAUUCAAUUUAUAGAAAAUUCCUUGACCUCUAACACUACUUAAGGCCACUUCCUGCUUAACAGCCUCAUUUUAUCUUUCUAACCAGGAGCAGAUAAAAAUUCAGGAAUGUGCAUGCUCAGCAAUAAAUACCACAAAAAAUGACAUGACAUGAUAAUUUUUAAGCUUCUCGAUUUGCAUACCACCGUGGGAAAAUACCUGUGCAUUGAGCUGUGAAACAAGUUAAGCUGCCUCAAGUGGGGGUAGGGCUACUAAUUUGGGUUACACAGCUCUUUGUCAAUAUAGAAAUAAAUGAAAUUUAGGGUGACAUAUUUACCUGGAUAACUCUAGUCACAAGCAUCUUUGGAGCAUGACAGAAACCAUGAUUUGUAGACAAAACUGUAAUCUUGUGUGGCAUAUUUUCAUAUCAGAUAUGUGGCUCUGUAAACAUUCCAUUUGUUUCACUGGGGGUGAUUGUUGUAACACAAUAACACAUUAAAAACAACAAAAGGAUGUAGAGACCUAUCAUCAUUUACUGUUGUGUGGGCAAGUGAGGGCGAAUCCUGUUAUAUUGGCUCAAAAGUGCAAUACUGCCUUGUAAAUUAUUUUGGGGCCUUUCCAACAGAAGAACUAGAAAUUUCACUGUCAAUCUAAGCUGCCUCAAGCACAUUUUGUAACUGCCAAUAUAAUCAGGGACAGAUGUUUGAAAUUCAUGCCCUUAGAUUUUCAAAGACUUUGAAAGGUCAAAGACAUCCUAGUGUUCGGAAAUAGCACUGACUUUAUCAGGCAGGCAUUAAUGUGGGAAUGUUAUUUUCCCGUCAUCCACUGUAGUUUCAUUUUCAAUGGGCAGUUUUCACGCUUUGAGGAUUUGAGUAUGUUUGUUUGAAAUUUGGAAACACUGUGGAAGAGCAAUGAGUAAUGGUAACAUCACUGGUAUUUAGAAAUAAUCUUCUCUUAAGAAAUAUUUGUGUUCAAAUCCUUAAAUAGACAGUGUAGUUUUGAGUUAUUUGUGCUUCACUGCACUUGUGUAGUUCAAUAGAUAUCUCAUCACUGAACAGUGCUAUACAGCUCUGCUGGCAUCUCGUGACUUUGUCGUGGAUAUUUUGGAUUCAUGCAUUUUAGAUUGCUUUGAUUUAUGUUAAGACAUAGGUUAAGCGAGAAAGGAAUGCUUAAAGAAUUCCACCACCUUAUACCUUGUUUGUUUGAUUUAGUAUACCCGGUGCAUGUACCAGUAGUCAUACCAAUUGCAUGGUAAAAGAGUUGUGUUUCAAAAGCUAUAGUUUGCAACGCAACAAACCUGUUUUGGUUUUGUAAAUGAAAUUUGUAUUUGUUGUAAAUUCAACUGAUGCACUUGCUAUGGAGACUACGUCUUACUUCCCAUUUUGACAAAUUUUCAACUUUCUCAAAAUGCUAUCAAUGGCGUCGUCAAUAAUCAGAAAUGCAAUUUCUUAACCCCUUCUUUGCGUAUGGUGUGUUCAAAUUUGAUGUGUUUUGAGGAAAGACAUGAGAUUCUACUUACCUUUAGAAAUAGUUAUGUUUCCUCUUUAUAUUGUAAGGAAUGUGUGUAAUUAUGGUGUAGAUUUUAAUUUCAAAUGUUCUUUGAAUUUCAAGGUUCUUUUCUUGUCAUGUGGAAGUUUACUUAAAAGAUGCUCUCAACUUGCAUUUGGCUGACAUGCAAAUUAAAACUGAAAAUGAAUAAAUGGCAGAUUACCAUAAUAGAACGUUCAGUUUUAUUUUCCACUCAUCCUUGGUUUCCUAUGUUUGUAAAAAUCUACUCGAUCAAAGACAAACUUUUUGGUAUAAGUACAUGUUUUUGAAGCUGUAUUUCCCUAAGUUUGAGUGCAUUUUCAAAUAGGAGUUCCUCUUUUAUGUGUAUAACAUUUGAACAUUUUGUUUUGAAAUAUUUUAUAUUUAAUUCAUUGAAUAAUUGUUAGAACAAGUAAGGGCUUUUUUCCUGAAGUGAUUUCUUUUUCCUAAUUUCAAUUCAACAGAAGCAUUUUGUUAUGACAUCAAUGGCAACAAGGUUAAACACGGAGAACCAUUUGUGCCUGAGGGAAAUGAUUUUUGUUACCACUGCAAAUGCCUGAGUGGACAAGCAGCACAAUGUUUUACCACAGAAUGUGCAGUGCCAACAUGUGAGGACUACAAAGCUAUACCUGGCAAAUGUUGCGCGUAUACCUGUCCUUCAGGUUAGUUUACUUGAUGACAUGCACAGGGCCUGUGAAAGACUUUCAAUUGUCUCUUAUAUAUUGCAGGUUCAGGCUAUUGCUGUAGUUUUUAACAUUUUUAUUCACAUUGUUUAGUGUGCGUAUCUCAAACUUCUCUCAUUUGAAACUUAUACCCCAUUCACACCAAAGCUAAAACACAUUUUAAAGUUGUUUUGUGAAUUUCUGUUUGACGUUGUUUUUUUACAUUAAAGUUGGUUAAACUGAUGUUUGUGACUUCAAAUUUAGCUCAGUGAAAGCAAUAGUGAUUGAGUAUAUGAACCCUCAUAAAAUUUAGUUUUUCAGUUUUCUAUUGCUGAAUUUUAUUCCGUUAAAUCUGGUGUAACUUAACAUGUUUUGUUGGUGUGAGCUGUGAUUAGACUGUGUGGCUGAUUCUCUCAAAGCAAUAUAUUUUCCCUGAAUAUCCUUAUAUACCAUCACAUGAAAGUUGCACUAUGUUGUGAUAAAACAUGGACUAGUGUACAUGUAUGUCUGAGCAUCAACUGUAUUUGCUGGAAUCAAGGGUAUUAAUGUUAGUAAUGGAAUUCUCUCCCUCUCUUGUUUUCUCUCUUUCCUGAGUAAUGGAAUUGAGGUUACUAUAGUCUUAUGGAAUCAGUCAGUAAACAACCUACUUUCAUUAUUCUUUCACUGAUACUGUGGCCUCAUGAAUACUUUUUGAGGAAUAAAUAUGCGAGAAAAAAUAUUGCAUAGCCAGUAGGUCUGAAAAAUUGAGAGCAUUACGAUCAUCUCAAGGACUGGGUCAUUGUGUUGUGUUCUUGGAUGAGAUUCACAAGACUAGAAAUGUAUGUUGGCAACUUGUCUGAGUGACCUGAUGAAAUGUGGAAAUAUAAGCUCUAGGGGAUUAUAUGGAUAAUCUCCUUAACCUCUUAAAUCCCUAGAUUCCUUAGGUGUUUCUCCUAACUGACUGCUAUACAGUUCCUUGUAGAUAUGACAGGGGAAUUUGGUGUUAUAGUAACUUAUUAUCUUCUUGCUGAUAAGCAUGUUUAUUCUCCUUACCUGUUUGCUAGAUUGAAAUUUUGGAAUGACUAGGAGAAGUUAUAAGUUAAUCACUUCUGGGGUCAAAGGCUUGAGGGGCUUUGCAGCACACUUACAGCUAUAAUCACCUUAAACCAUGAAAAAUGGGAUAAGUUCCAUUAUGAGCAUUUGUUGACUCCUAGGGAUUCAAUAAUCUUAUUCAAAUAUUGGUUUGUUUGUUCAUUAUUAGUCGGAGUUAUUUUGCCUUAGAAGGAACAGUUUCAACAAUUUUGAUGAAAAGGCAUUUCUCCUUACAGCAACAAUACAUUCACAAACAGAAUGGCGCUGAGAUGAUAGAAAAGUAUCAAAAAGAGAAUAUUGUUUGAUAUGACAGUUUAACUCCCAUGUAAUUUCUCUCUAUAAUAUCAAUACAUUAUCCAGCAAACUGGAUAUUACACCCAAUCCUUGGAGUUAAAAAUUACAAGAAAAGUGAUGUAGACAGUGAAGACAGCUGUUAUUAGGAUCUUGUCAGCAAGAGGAUUAAGUAUAACAUGAUAAUUUGGUUUUUAUCAACUGAGUUGAUGUGAAGUGACCACUGUAAAGAGUUUCCAAAGCUGAUAUUUCGAGCACUAGCACUUUGUCAGGAUGAAGGUCAUCUAUAAAAGCUUUCUACAGUGGCCAGUUCACAUAAUCAAUUCAGUUGAUAACAUCAAAUUACCCUGUAAUAUGCCCACCAACGCAGCACCAUUCUAUCUUAAGAAACUCACCCCAUAUUUAACAAAAUUUUUGUGAGAGAUGGAGGUGUGCCUUUAAAAUAUAUUUCUUAAAUCGCUCUUUCUGUUUUUACUUCAGGUGUCAAUUCAGAGGCUGCGGAGUUGGCAAUAAUCAUCAGUUUGUCAGUGGGACUAGUACUGCUGCUUAUACUCCUGGUGUUCGUCAUCGACAGAAAUCGAAAGAAAAAUCGGAGAAAUCGAACGAGAAGUGAAGUCCUGGAGCAAUCGCAAAAUUUAAGACCAAGUAAGUGAGGUAUCUCCGUGUAACUAACCCUAUGGCCCCUAAGAGUGAUUAGCAUUUUUCCUUACAAUAUCACCCGUGAAUCAAACAUUAAGGUCAGGAGAAUAAAGGAGUGAGCAGCAACCAAAGAAGCUCUUGAUUGUUAGGCUAAUACUCCUUGUCAGAACCUUACGAAAUAUGUAGAGAACAGUAUGGAGAAUAUACAUUUUGAUGUUAGGGGAAAAGGGCUAUUUGACACCAGUCCUUGAGUAUUAAAAACAUAGAGAAGAAUUGACGAAAUUGACUCUUAUCUCAUUUUUGUUUAUAGGACCGCUGAACAACAGACUUGCUGUAAUUGCAGAAGAAAAUGGUGAUGGAAUCGAACCACCUCCCCCUUACACCCCCGGUCGAGGGAGAUACAGUAUCAGAAAACCACACUAUGCCUCCCCUCCCUUUACACCAAAUGAACCGCCUCCUCCGUACGAAAUAGAUUCCAGAGAGGCCACAGACGUAUAGCAUAGGUUGACGACUGCUUUCAGUCGCUUAGGAUUAUUUGUAUAGUUAAAAUACACUGGAGCGCCGGAAGUCGUGCGGGACCGUUGGACGGAAGUGACCAGUUCUGAAUGAAAAAUCUGUUUGUUUUGUUAAAGGAGUAGCUGUUAGGGUUGGAUUUGGCGAAGCAACAAACCCAAUUAUAGAGGUGCAGCACGUGAAGCAGAGCUCGAGGAAGGAUAGCAGUGCAUCCUGUCUGUUGGAAGGUUUUUUCAGCGAGAAUCACGGUUAAUCCUUUGGCCAAUGCCUUGAGCAGAAUCUGCAAGGGCACUUUAUUCGUUCUCCCAAAGAGGAGGCCUCAGAUGAGGGCCCUGGUUCCCCCACUGAACAACGGCCCCAAAGAAAUAGUGGAUGACUUAUCAAGUACAGUAAUCUAUAAAAGCUUUCUUCUCUUGCAAAUUCCUUGAAAACCUAAACACGUUAUGCGACUACACUGGUUGGCAAGGAAUGGGGGGAUUUAGGGCUUUUAAACCAGGAGGAACUAAAGAAAACUCAAAGCACCGUCGCUACCAAUUAUUUAUUUAAAUCAGCGUCUUUCAAUCCUCACGGAACAAGAAUUCAGGCGCUAUAACGUAAAGUGAGCAAUUCUCCUCGACUUGUCAUCGUUGGAAUAUGUAAGAGUUUGGAGGUGGUCAACGCUUCAGAUUUUAUCUCCUUGGGAGGGGAACAAGCUGAAAUCGUAAACUAAUGCAGCGUUUUGUUGAAGAAAACAUUUGACUUGAGUUUUGUUUAAUGCGAAGUUUUGUUGUAUAGUAGAGAAAAACUGACAUUUUCAGUAGACCACUGUAAAUAUUUUUUUAAGGAAACUUUUUUUUGAUUUGCAAUCUGAAGACACCACUAAGGGUUUUUGCAGCCAUAGGUAGUUGAUCUUUGUUUAUCAAGUAAAUGACGAGCAAACGGCGUUACAGGUUUUAGUCACCAGGAUCAACGCGAAUGGAGCGCUUCUCGAUUGAGUGUUGUAAAAACCCAAACCAAAGCAAUCACAACAGCCAAUCACAAGAAGGAAAACGCCACAAGGAGCCAAUGAUAAGGGAGUUAAGACAAGCAAACUGUUUGAAACGCGGGAAAACGCGGGCGACUAAGUCGUGAUUGUUUUUAAUUUUUGAAUCUAAUUGGUCGCGAGUUUUAUGAACCAAUCACGACACAAAACAACUACGGGUUACUUUCGACACUCAAUUGAAAAUGGCCCAGUAUGACUUAUUCGUUGAACUGAUUGCAUAGUUUUCUGACGAAAGGCAGAAAUUCCUAUUAGUGACGUCUCCUGACGCCUACUCCUGAAACUUACUCCUGAAACUUUUAGUGAAGUAACGUUUUCCUGAAAGAGUUCGGCAGCAAGUUUCUGAAGCGUUGAACAA